AAUAAGGAAGUAAACGCUGUCGGAUCGGAGCUGGAGCCCCCUGGCUUUUAUCUUCUGCUGUAAUGUGAAAGUGUAUCAGUCGACAGCUCAGUAAUAGAAUUCAAGGCUCAAGGGCUGUGCUAAGGAAGUUAGCCGUCGAGCUAAUUCCUCCACUGACUUCACAUUAUCUCUAAACAAGCACUAGACAGAAUAAGCAGAAGGGAGGGUGGAAGACACAGACGAGUAAGUAUUCUGCAGUGAGCUGCAAACUGAACUAUCAUCAGCCGCCAUGGACCACAAAGGGGAACCCCAGGAAGGAGCUAUGGGGCUGAAACACGAGGAGCUGCCGCAGAUGGACGGCUCAUGUGAUGCAUGCGAGCCUGAUGAGGCCCAGCCAGCCACCCAAGUGUGCCACACCUGCAGCUUUGCCUUCUGCCCCAUCCAUGCUGACAGACACGCCAGCAGCACACAUCACCCGCUAAUGCCUUAUAACCACGAGGAGACACAAGCUAAUGGACUUGGCGCCAACAGAGACUCCAGAGUUGGAGGUGGGGCUGAGGAUGAGGCUGGUGCGAAUCACGCCGAUGCGAGCGGGGAUGCUGGGAGAAAAGAAGGGGCUCAGAAUGGUCCGCAGCUGGAGGCUGAGCUGGGUGGUGGAGUUGAGGGUGCAGAAGCAGGGCAGGAGGUCAUGGCUGCUGGAGAGGCUGGCAAGAGGGACACAGUGACAGUAGAGAGACUGCGCUGCAAGGAGCAUGGACAGGAAGGCUCCCUCUACUGUAAACCAGAUGAGAAGAUCAUCUGUGUGGUGUGUGCUGUGCAGGGUGAGCACCGUGAGCAUGAGAUCAUCACCCUGCAUGAGGCAUACGUGUGGCAGAAGAGCAGGCAGGGUUACGACCUCCUGGGCUGUACACAACAGAUGGCUGAGAAGAUCAAGACCAAGUGGACCAAUCCUGAGAUGUCUACAGAGGAGCUAGAGGCCUACGUGAACAGCCAGUUCGAUGAGCUGCGCAGAUUGGUGCGUCUGGAGGAGAAGAGGACCCUUCACCUGGUAGACCUCAAAGAGGCGUUUCUGACAGCAUCCGCUGCCGAGAAAAUUGCAGAGAUCAGUGUCGAAACCGAGCGCCUGCAGGAAGAGAUGGCCAACAUCACAAACCAGCUGUGCCUGCUGGAACAGGCUGAGGCAGGAGGUCCUGCAGUGGUAGCAGAGGCCCUUGUAGCAGGCCCUGUACCAAUCCACAGAGUGCAGCACGACAUUGAGGCCAGGCCAAGGCUACCAGAGCCGAGGGCAAAUCCCAUGGACCCGCGGGACUUUGAAGACAAUGAUUCCGGACCAUCCAUGGGACACGCCCCCUGAUACCAGCAGAUCAGACUCUUACUACAUCCACCUGUCCUUCAAUGUCUGCUUCAGCCAGCCGCCAGCCCUGUUGAGCUGUCAGGCUGGCCCUCUCUCUGUCAGCCGUCUCCCUUUUUACCCUGCUCGCCUCCCCCUCCCCUCCCUGCUGGCAAUGAGCUGACCUUGAAGAAGGCUGCUGUGACAAAUAUGGAUGGCCACGUCUUUUCGGCUCUCAAACUUUUUUUAAUUCCUCCCUGGCUACUAACUUUCUUUAAUUGAAGCAAGCAAGUUAUGUGCAAUCAAUUACCAUCAGGCUCAAUUUCCACAGCCAGUCAGAUCCUUGGCUUACUGGUGAGGCUGGCUGACUCAGACAGGAGCCCGGCUAGGCAGCCAUGCGGAGCAUCUGUUAAGCCCAACAGAUGUCAACAGUGGGAAAUUCUGUGACAUGGUGGCGCUUCAUACUUCAUUUAUUUGCAAUAUCAUUUUGGUUCUGUCGUUUUGACAAACAUUUGGGACACUCUCAGACAUAGAAAGGGAACAUUUGUCAGAUGCCACAAUGCCUUACGUCGUCAAGAGAAUAUAUUACAAAAGUGUUCUGGGUAUUUUUAUUGUAAAAAGUUUCUCUAGCUUUUGUUCUACAAUCUUGUCUCUUGUACUUCACAUCAUCCUAUUCCCUUCACCCCUCCCUUCCCCUCUGUCCUCUGCCCUACCCACUGAUUUUUUAUGCUUGUAUAUUUGUGCGCACUUCCUUGUGUGCUUGUCAGAUCUAUUAUCAAAAGCGGGGGACAUUUUGACACCUAUUGAUUGGUGAAUGCUGCUGAGUCUUUGUUAGGUGAAAAUCGAACUGUAAUUUGACUGUGCAAAAUAGUACUCCCGCAGUAUCAGCUUUCUAUGUACUGUAAUGUAAAGGCUCAUUACUCCUGGCCAAUCUGCAGCGUAUGACGGAUUACAGUCCAGACAAGUGUAUGCACUUUCUACCUUGACCCGCUCAGACAUAGCUUUCAUUCAUGAUGCACCGCAGCAAGUCUUUCUGUAUCAGCAGUUUGUUUUUAAUGUGAUUGAUUCUGUUGCCUUCAAUUCAAAAUUGAAAGCAGUUUCACCCAUAAUACGUGGAACAUGUUUGUCAACAUGACACUGCACUAAGAUACAAUGAGAGUUGUAUACCCACCCAAGGGAAAUGAUAUUAAAAUAACUCUACCAGGUCAUUCUUUAUUCUAAUGUAACAGCAGACAAGCGUCUGACUGUCUGAUGUUUCUUCUUUUUUAUUUUCUAUUUUUGUCUUAAAGCUAUAAAUAAACAGCCUGUUUUUUUAGAUUGGA